GCAUAUAAAAAGUCCAUGGAAUUGUCGUCAAAAAGGUUUUAUGUAGCCAGCCAACGAUUACCAUCUUUUUCUUAGUUCAAAUUGUCAUCCAUUAUUGUUUAAUGGUUAUUUUAUUCAGACGGCAAGGCUAGUUCACAUCACCGACCGACCCAUCAAUCUGCUCUUAUAAAACCACCUCUUUAAUUACUUCUCAUAUGAUUUAGGACAUUAAUACAGCUCUCUUCCUCCUACCCAAAAGGGUGUUGUUUGCAUACUAAUUAAGAUCCUGUUUUUCAUCUCCUAAAACCUUAAUGGAGAUUUCGCAAUUCAGAGGCUUUUCAGAAUUGUCAGGAUUGGAUGACCUUUUUUUCAACAACAACAACCAGUGGCCAUAUGAUGAUUCAAUGAACAUGGCAUUUCUAGAUCAUGCACCUGUGUUUAUGGAACCAUCCCCAAGGCCAUCUAAGCAACUCAAAACCAGCAGCUGGAAUUCGUGCAUAAGCUCUGAUCAGCCCAUCAUGAAUCAGAAUCUAGCUGCCCCUAUGGAGGAAGGCACUGUUUCUUCCAAGGGCUUCACUUACGGUGUCCAGUUUGGCAAUCGCGGUGCUGCCAAAAACACUACACCUCAAGACCAUAUCCUGGCAGAGCGAAAGCGAAGGGAGAAACUCAGCCAAAGGUUCAUAGCGCUCUCUGCUUUAGUCCCUGGCCUUAAAAAGAUGGAUAAAGCUUCUGUUCUUGGAGAUGCAAUCAAGUACUUGAAAACCCUCAAAGAAAAAUUGAAGACACUUGAGGAAGAGACCAAGAAGAAACCAAAUGUGGAGUCAGUGUUUUCUGUGAACAGACAUGGGGUGUUAGCUGAUGGUAACCCACUACCUGAAGUUGAGGCAAGAUGUUCCGGCAAGGAUGUCUUAAUUAGGGUUCACUGUGAGAAAAAAACAGGUAUUGUAGAAGAAACCCUAGCUCUGAUCCAAAAGCAUCAUCUCUCCGUCAUAAAUACCACUGCCAUGGCCUUUGCUACUUCUGCACUGGACAUAACUGUUGUUGCCCAGAUGGAUCAAGAAUUCACCAUCACAAUGAAGGAUCUUGUUAACAAUCUACGUACCGGACUCCAACGAUUCAUGUGACUACUGUUCAUUUUUCCAAUCCAAAUUGAUGUAUCCUGGUACAAGGGUCUGAUGUUCUUCACACUUUUCACCAUCUACAUGCAUGCCUAAAAAUCUUGUUUUCCAUGAGGUUCAUUUUACAGGAGGGUUUUUUCCAUUCUUUUUUUCAUGGUUCACCAUGUUAACAACCCUCCUGUUGUAAAGCAGAAACCUUUGAUGGCUUUAAAUUAGUAUGGCAUUUUUUUUAUCAGUAUUCCAUUGUGGGUUUUUUGAGGAAACAGACCUUUGUAGCUCCUUUUCUGGGUUAUGUAUAAGUUUGAUUUAUGGUAAUAUGUAUCAUUUUGAUAAUUUCCAUGGUAUGUUGAAUAAGUUUUAAUGUUUUA